UUCAGUUUUUGGCUGAUGGUUGCAUGGGCUGUGAAUCCUGCCCACCCACUAAUGAGUGAACGAGGUUCUGCUGUGCUCACUGCUUCCUGACCGAGCUGUGCUGGAGAACCAGGGCUCGGCUUUCUUCACCGAAUCUGUCCGCUCUUUCAUUUUUGCAGAAUGAGGUUUUCAACAUCAUUUUUAUGCUUCCUGAUUGGUCUUCUAGGACUAGGAGGGACUCGCGGUUUGCUGUUAGUGGAAGAUCACGGGGAGGAACUGGAGGAUAGAGACCUGAGCAAAGCUAUUUUGGAGAUGUUGCAUAUAAACAAACUGUCAGCACCUCAGCAGCAGGCGAAGCCACACCCCUACAUGAAGCACGUUUACCAGUCACUGGACGCACAGGCGAGAGACCUGAGGGGUGCUGAUGGGACUCUGGUGCAGAGCUUCCGGAGCAUCGAAGAUUCUAAGUAUGGCACGCCGGGUUGGAUCUGGUUCAACACGUCCCAGCUGAGUCCCUUCAUGAGGGUUGCAGAGCUGGUCCUGCUGAGGAAGACUCUUCAUCACAAGCCUCUUAGUGUGACGGUCACAGUACACAGUCUUUCACCGGGACCGGAGAACCUGAGCAUCAGCGGCCGUCUAGCAGAGCACAUAUUGAGUCUGGACCGACUGCCUCCAUCAGGAUAUGAUGUCUUCGAUGUGACAGCUGCAAUAACCCAGCCACCGCACAACUCAGACAUCCUGGGCUUCCAGCUGCGCUUUGGGGAUGAGAGCGGCAGCUUGGUUCUCCAUGAAGCCCUGACGCAGAGCCUCUACUGCUUGAACAGCAGCUCUCCCAGCCAGCCGCUCUUAGUGGUCUACAGGAGCACAUCGAUGGAGCACCAGCAGAGGGCAUCAGAGCACAGACACAGACCCAGCUGUGAAGAUGACAGACAGAGAAUACAGCUGAGGCACGGGAGACAUGUAGCUGCAUGCAAACUGUACGUACAUCAUGUCAACCUUCAUACCAGCAAGCUGAGCCAAUGGAUACUGCAGCCGUCCAGUUUCAACAUAAGUAUUUGUAGAGGUAUCUGUUUGAAAGAAACAUCGGCGUCCUCCAUGAUUGUUCAGAGACAUCGAAAACACCAUGGAGGAAAUUAUUUUCAAAGAUCAAACUGCACUCCACAAGGCCUGUCCUCUCUCAUCGUGAUGUACAGCAGCGAUACAGCGGACAUUAUUAUAAAAGAGCUGAAGGAUAUCAGAGCAGAGAGAUGUGUGUGCCAGCCGACUGCUCGAUGAAAAGGACUGCAAAAAUCAAACAAUAAAAAAGUUUGUGAAGGAUUUGAGGAAAUGACAGAUGCAGGGAAAUGUAUGUGAACCCUGAGUUUCCGCAUUGCUUAGAAUAUUAUUGAUCGCUGACAGUUUGCUCACGCUGAGCUCAUAAAGACGAUGAGUUUGUUUCUUCAUCAGAUUUGGAGAAAUGUAUCAUUACAUCACUCACUCGCCAAAGGUGAAAGGAUGUGAAUGGGUGCCGUCAGAAUGAGAGUCCAAACAGCUAAUGAAAACAUCACAGUAAUCCACACCACUUCAGUCCAUUAAUGCAUUGUGAAGCAAAAAGCUGUGUGUUUGUAAUAAACUUAUACAUCAAGACGUUUUCAAUUUCAAAAGUCCUAUAUUCAUAAUAUUGCUUUCUUCUGUGUAAAUAGAUUGGUGGAUUUUGAUGUGAGGACAACAGAGAUUGACUUGUUAUACUUAUGGAUUAUUGUGAUGUUUUUAUAAACUGUUAGGACUCACAUUCUGACGGCACCCAUUCACUGCAGAGGAUCCAAUGGUGAAGAAGUGAUGCUAAAUUUCUCCCAUUCUGAUGAGGAAAAAUUAACUCUUUCUUUAAACAAAUAGCAUACAAACUAUUCAUAGCUUCCAUUUUCAUAAUUUUAUAUUUUAUUUUAAUGCUAAAAACAUUUAGACUGCAGCUGUCAUGUGUAGUCAGGAGGUAAAUGCACAACAAUCAGAAAGUAUUCUGCAACAUUUCGUCACACAAAAUGUUCAGUUCACCAAUAUUAAAACCGACGGGUUCACAUUCUUUGUCCUGGUAUUUAUUUAUUUUUUUGGACAACUACUUGGAUAACCCAACUACUUAAAACACCCACCCUCAACCCAUCUCUUUUAGAGACCUA